CCAAUCGAGUGCUCGCGGGAUAUAGAUGCACUGCCCUUCCAGCCACAAGAGUCCGGAGAGGAAAAGCAAUACGCCAAAGAGGAAUACACAAAUCUCCUACUACACUCCAAAAUAUACGGCUACUCCAUUCUGACCUGUUUUGAUGGGUUCUACGUCAAGGGGCUGAAUGACACGCCAUCAUGGGUCGCUGUUGAGGGUGUGGUAUCCGCAUCACUCAACAGCGAUGAACUGAGAUUUGCUAUAGCUACGAUCGAUUCCGUCUCUAUCUAUGAUAUUAGAAAUUUAGAAGAUUAUGAUGAACUCGGAUGUCAAGAGGACGAAGAACUCAAAUCCAUCGAGUUUCACCCUAAAAAUCCCGAUCUGCUAUUGGUGGCUUGGUGGCGUGGUUGGGUUGAGAUAUGGAAUAUCACGGUUAGCAUCAGAGAACCACUCUUCUCCACUGGAGACACAGUUGUCACUGCGGCCGGGUGGUCGUUCGAUGGUACGGAAGUUUUGAUAGGGAACGAGAAAGGCGGUGUCUCAAUGUAUAGCUCAGACUUACAACUCAAGUGGUCUGUGGAAAGUUUGAUCGAUGAGAAUGAACUGGAGGAGGAUCUGCGGUUGCCACGUGUACUAGUUUGUAUCGUUGCCGUCCAGGCGGGUAGCUACGCGGUGUCGUUUGACACUGUCGAAGGUGACGACGAUGCUGUGUUUUGUGGGAUCUACGACGCGGAUGCUAGUGUGAUGUAUUGCAACAACGAUACAUUUUGCCAAGAAGUGGACAAAACAAACAAUAUAAUUAUAACCAGCAUACCUGAAUGGAAUAUCGUGGUUAUGAGCGCGUGCAAUGACAGGUCGCUUGCGUACUGGUUCAAAAAUACUGAAAACAGAUGGGAGCUGAUCAUCUUUGAAGAGACGGGCCGACCACAAGCGGCACUUUCGGAAAUUGAAGAGGACGAGGACACUUACGUCAUGGGGUUGGCGGUGGAUUACAGCAGCACAGAGUCUGUACUUCUCAGGGGCCAGGAUGAUCCCAUACCUCCUCAGCCACAUCUGCUGGUGUAUUCCUCCGACUGUGUGCUCACGUCAUGGACAAUAGCGAACACGCAAUCCGAUACCCAGCACCCCUUCAUGAAAGCCCACAAGCAGCUUCCGUCGCUGGACGUACUCCCACUUCUACUCAAUUUGGAUGAUGAAGAGCCCCCCAGGGCUGUGUCAAUCAGAGACGAGGCACAGUCAUCAGCAGAGGACACGGAUACAUAUGACGGAAGUGAUCAAAAAUCCGUCGCCGGGACAGGUUUUGGGAAAAAGAAACCAGAAUUUUCCAAUUUGAAACAUGACGAAUCCACCAAAGCAGCAGUCAAUCAAUUAUUCGGAGCCACAUCGCAGAGCUUCAGUUUUGCUACCGCCGAUACAAUUGAAAAAGCGAACAAAGGUCCGUCACCUUUCGGUGGCCUACAGUCAGCUUUUGGGACAGGGACUACGGCAUUCGGUGGUACACCCAAUGCGUUUGGAACACAGGCCACCAGUCAAGCAACCGCAUUCGGGGGUCAGUCAAACGCUUUCAGCCAAGCUAAUCCUUUUAGCCACGGGUCUGCCGCAACAGGUGAGCCAGUGAAAGGUGCCUUUGGAGCUUCAAAGACCGCGUUUGGAGCCACGUCCACUGCAUCUGGCGGUGAAACAAGCGCUUUUGGCGCCCCAAAAUCCGCCAUGGGCAACAAGUCUGCUGCAUCUGGGCCACCGGUUGGCAGUCAGCCCACACGGUUUAGCCAAGCCAGCGCUUUUGGAAACAAAACUACCACUUCUAAUGGUCAAGCCACGGCAUUCGGGCAGUCUACCGGCGGACAGGCGCACCCCUUUGGUGGGUUCGGUACGGGACUGUCAAGCACUCUAUUCGGUCAGAUAUCACAGGGGACUGAACCCAGCAAUCAAACAAUUACACUCGACACUGAGAAAACUUCAUUCGGCGAUACGAAGAGUAAGACCGGGGGUGCAGGUAUUUUCGAUGGGACGAAGGCUGCUGAAAAAUUCGCCGCACCUGCCGACGAUGAUCCCGGAAGUGAGGCGCCACAUUUGGAUGAUUCGGAGUCAGGGUAUGAAGAUUCUCACAGCGAUCCCGCAGAACGCGACGGGGAGUAUGAGGAGGAUGAUAGAGAUGGAAGCGUUAGCGCGAAUGGCGAUGGCGAAGCUGAAGCUAAAUAUCAAGCCUCACAAGGAAGCACAAAUCAAAGCGCUGCUGGCGGGUUCGGAGGGUUUAAUCAGUCGUCGAUGGAUACCAACAAGUCAGCAUUUAGUCCGUUGCCCAAUGUAUUUAGUCAGGGUUCUUCUCCUUUUGGUGUCAAAAGUGAGGCCACCGAGCCUGCCAAGACCACUUUCUUUGCUCAGCCCUCGUCGGCAUCUGGCAUUCAGACGGAGUCCUCGAAGGUAGCCCCAAAAGGCUUGUUCGCUUCAUCGGCGUUUGGAGCCAAGAAUGAGGGCCCAUUGGCAACUCAAACAUCUAUCGUCAGUCAGAAACCAUCAGCAUUUGGAAGCAUCAGUGCGACCACGGAGCAGACGGCGAAAGGGUUGUUUGGUCAGAAACCAACGGCAUCUGGAUUUAAAAGCGAGGCCACAAAAGAGUCUCCGAAAAGUUUGUAUGAUCCUAAAACUUCGGCAUUUGGAGUCAUAAGUGAGACAACGCGGGAGGCCCAGAAAUUAGGAGCUGGUCCAAUUCCAUCGGCUUUCGGCAUCCAGAAUCAGCGGCCGGUACUUGGUAAAUCUAUUGGUGCCACGGAUGAAGCCCAAAAUACGUCAUCGGGUCAGAAGCAGUCGGCAUUUAGACUCAUAAAUAAUGAAGCCAAGAAGCCAUCAUCUAGUCCACAACCUAUACAAUCUACUAACACGCGUGCGUCAAAUUCGGAUAACGCGAUAUCGGCGUUCGAUGUAUUUCCCCCGUUGAAAGAGGGCCAAUACAAGGCUGGUGAGAGUUCAACUUCUACUGCGACUGGCAAUACGGAUGCCGCACAAGGCAUCGUCAGCGACCCAAGGAAGGCUUCAACAGAUGGAGAUGGCGAAUCUCAGACGAAGGGUGCGGAGGUACCAUCUCACGAGCAACAGGAGCAGCAACCUCAACAGAUUCCGAGCAAACCAUUACUACCACCCCAGCCUGUCAAGCUGCCCACAGAUGCCACAUCUAGCAAGAGUUCAGGAUCUUCAACGCCACUACUGUCAACAACAGACCUGCUGAAUGAGCUGGUAUCGCGAUUCGAAACCGAAGAUUUGGCCAUUCUGGCAAAGCUGUCAAACAGCAUUCGAGAUUAUUCCGUGCCCGAGUCAGAGAUGGAGGAUUUGAAAGCGUCCACCACCAAGCUAGCUGGUACGCUGGAUGGUGUGAAGAAGGAUCUGGAGCAGCUCAGUGAGAGGUCUGUGAAGUGCAAGGAAGAUGUGGAAGAUAUGACAAUGAAACUCAAAACAAUGAAACUUAGGCGGCAGAAACUGGAAUCAUCUACAUAUAUUACUGCAAACCGUGAUCGAGGCCUGGACCCAGACAUGGUGAGAGAGAGGGAGAUCAUACUAUCUCGGUUUCAAGAUCAACAACUUCUCCUGAGGGAUUUGGAGUCCAAGCUGUAUUCUCUUGAGAACGGCGGCCAGUACAAUAAGUUCCCAAAAAGGUCGCGAAGACGCCAAGCCCCGGCAAAGGACUGCCUAUACCAGACCAUCCAGUCGCAACACGACACUAUCGCACGGAAAGAGAUGCAGCUCAACAACAUCGAAGUACAGAUGCACAAACUUAUCUCCGCCACGAAAGUGAUGUCACUGAGAGACCCGAGCGCCGACCAGGCGUCGGCGCGAGUGGCUGCGGAUCUUACUGAAUCCGAUCUUGCUCUGAGCGGCUGUAAGAUUCCCAGUAACAGUAGAGCAAAGGAAACUGCCCAUCGCUUGCAGAAGCUAGGGUCACUGCUGGCAGAACGGGAGAAGAAUAUAGUUAUCAGCAAGACAUCCUCGUACAAAUCACCACCGCCACCGAAGAAUGUGUCGGAUUCCAGGCCGCCUAGCGGCGGAGGGGUGGAGCAAAGGCCGUCUAUCGACAGCAAGACUAGGCAUGUGCCGGGCUCUCUUCCACUCCCGUCCCCUCAGAUGCACGCCACCAACAACCGCCAAGGAAGUCCUCCUCAAGGCACACCAGCAGGCGGCUAUAAUACGAAUGCAACACAUAUACCUGUUCGAAAACCCGCCCCACCCACCGGCCCAUCAUUCUUCUCUGAGAAGAGUUUCACAAACACUACUGCCAGCUCAUCGGCACCUGCACCACUUCAGAAGUGCGGUACCGGUUUGGCUGGUAAUCAGCGGAUGACAGCGCAAUCUGCCUUCCCGUCCUUGGCUAGACCGCCCGCCAAACCACUGUCCACUGGAUUCAGUAUGCAGGCUGGUAUGCAACCACCAGCGGCUAAGGGAGAGUCUUUCUUCAAAACUUCUAUGGCACCGGGUGCAACCGACGGUUCUGGUGUGCCAUCGAAGCCUACUUCUUUCACUGCGCCUACCACUGCACCUGACACCACAGAGCUACAGGAAAGCCCCAAGAAAAAGUUUUCCGCAGGAAGUAUCAAAGCAAAUGCCGAUGAGGAUGUUCCGACGUUAGACUUCGACGACAACUUGCCAAAUAUAUCAACGAAAAAGAGUGGUCUGCCGAACAUCCCGCGAUCGACUGUGACAACAGGUUUCAGCAUCUCACAUCCCCCCAAGAAAGAUGCCUUUGGUUCCUUAGGUGGAGAUAAAUCAACAUCUGGGGCACUGAAUGCAAGUAAAUUUAUUGCCGCACCAUCAGACGAUUCAGCGUUCGGCUCAUUCACAGUGCCCGCGAAAGCUGAACAAACCAGUGACACUGGGGUGGCGGCAGGGUCAGCAUCAACCGCCAGUGGUUCAGGUAACCCAACGUUUGGAAAGCCCACUACGGACGCUUCUAAGGUGGCUGGUGGAGGGUUUGGUAAAACCUCGACCGGUGCUCCUAAGGCAGUUGGUGGGGCUUUCGGAAAAGCACCAACAGACGGCACAUCUGGCUCAGCCUUCGGGAGUAUUGGUCUUAGUGCUGCUGCAGCCGAUGACGCGGGUAAGGUUGGUAAACCAUCCGACACCCCCCUCACUGAGCCAUCACCACCGGCUGCAACAUCAGGGUUUGGGGCGUCGAAGGGUACCAAUGCUUUCGGGGUAAGCAACGCGACUGCUUUCGGCACGUCUACGGGAGCGAGUCCCUUUGCAAAGGGCGCACCGGCGGCAGGCAUGUCGGCUGCCGGUGGGUUUGAUACAACGAAACCGGCCGUCUCGGCCACACCGAGUGUAUUUGGCGCACCCGCAACCGGUGCUACCGGGGGAGCGUUCGGGACGUCGGGAUUGGCAGGGGCGUUGGGGGGUCUUGAUGAUACAAAAACAGCCGAAACAAACACAAAUAGCUCGAGCGGAUUUGGCUUUGGCAAAUCGGCCACCCCCAGCACAGGCUUUGGCUCGUCCGCUUUCGGUGCUUCUACUACUAAUACCGGCGCCUUUGGAAGCGGUUCCACCUCAUCAGGCUUCGGCACUUCCUCGGCCAGCGGGUCCGCUGCCAAUGGCACAACUACCCCAACGGGUGCAUUCGGUAGUGCUCAAAGUGGCGCGGGUGGUGCAUUUGGGGCCUCGAGCGGCGCCAGUGCUUUUGCACAAGCCGCCAAACCCACUGCCCCCACUACCGGCGGAGCGUUUGGACAAACUACACAACCCUCCAGUGGCGGUGGGAGAGGGUUUGGCAGCAGUGCGUUCGGCGCAGGCUCAGCAUUCGGUGCUUCAACCGGCGCAUUCGGCAGUGCGGGUUCUGGUACCACGGCGUCGGCAUUUGGCAGCGGCGCUCCAGCAGUAUCCGGGGGAGCGUUCGGCUUUUCCGCAACGACUGGUGCUGGCGGCUUUGGCAGUGGCACUGGCAGUGGCACUGGUGCGAGCGCAUUCGGUACCACAAGCGGCGGGGGAGCCUUCGGUGCGACUGGUGGUGGUAGCAGUGCCUUUGUAUCGUCCGGGGGCACCAGCGCUUUCGGAACCUCUGGCGGCGCCAACGCAUUUGGCACUGGCGGAGGCAGUGGCGCGUUUGGCAGCGGCGGCGGCACAAGUGCCUUCGGUGCUGGUGCAUUCGGCACAAGUUCUGCGGGUGCUGGGGCGGGCGCUGGUGGUGGUGGCGGUGGGUUUGGCAGUGCGAGUGCCUUCGGAAGUACACCACAAAAGCCAGCGGGUGGUGGUGGAGGCUUCGGCGGCUUUGGCGCGGCUGCUGCGGGGGGUAGUGGCGGAGGUUUCGGAGCUCUCGCAACUAAUUCCAGUGGUGGAUUCGGUGGCACCGGGAGCACACCAGCGAGUGUCACGCCUCAGAAGUUCGGUGGCAACAACUUCACUCAGGCUAGGAUGUAGUGCACUGCUGCACGCACUGCCUCUUUCUGGCAAACUACAAAUCUAAAAUGGGGUACUACGCAUGCCGAGAGCAUGGUAAAGGGGCUGGUUGGUGACACGCAAGACUCUGUCAGCAAAGCAUUUUUACAGGUCCUCAAUGAUCUCUUGAACUCUCCGUUCUCCACCAUCGUAUUUGCCGGCACAUCCGGUAUACAUUUCUAUUGCAAACCGGCCAGACAGCUUUUUAGUCCGUAUGCUACGGCUGAGUCAGUAAUCUGGAAAUAGAGAGGUUUAUACAUACUGAUGAUACCAUCGUGUAAUAAAAACUCGAUGACAAAUUCCGCCAGUGUCGUUGCGUCAAGCACAGCAGGAUGCAUUUCUAGUGCCCAAG